AUGUCCAAGCAUAUUUGGGAUUGCAUGAAGAAAAAAUAUCAAGGUUCUAUAAGAGCAAAGAGGCAGCAGCUUCAAGCACUUCGUUCAGAGUUUGAAAUACUACGAAUGAAAUCAGGUGAGUCGGUAACCGAUUAUUUUUCACGUACGAUGGCCAUUGUCAACAAGAUGCGAAUUCAUGGUGACAGAACAUAUGAUGUUGCUGUGGUUGAGAAGAUUCUACGCUCCAUGACUCCAAAAUUCAAUUUUGUAGUUUGUUCCAUUGAGGAAGAUCAUGUCAUCGAAGAGCUUUCAAUUGAUGAACUGUAUGGCCAUUAUCAAUCAGAAUGUCGAGUUAAUUUGAAUAAAGAAAAUGGAGAAAGAACUAACUUUGCAGAGAAUGAAGAAGAAGUGUCUUUGUUGAUGGUUUGUCAUAUCAAAGAAGAAAUGCAGAAAAAUUUAUGGUACCUAGACACAGGUUGCAGCAACCAUAUGAGUGGUGACAAGUCUGCGUUUUCGGUGUUAGACGAGUCUUUUCGUGACAAUGUGAAGUUUGGUGAUGAUUCAAGAAUCUCUGUGAUGGGGAAAGAAGAGGUAACAAUUCAAACUAAAAGCAAUGUUGUUCAGACUAUAUAUAAUGUUCUUUUUAUUCCAGAUUUGAGAACAAAUUUGUUGAGUAUUGGACAGCUACAAGAAAAGGGAUAUGAGAUUUCCAUUAAAGAUGGAGUUUGUAAAAUUCAAGAUGAGAAAUUGGGAUUAAUUGCCUAA